CCACGUCGCCAUUUUCGUUUCGUUCCGUGAAAUUUUCACACGCAACGCCGCAUACUGAAAAAUUGAAUUUUACUGUUCAGAGUGUGUUUAAAAUUGUUCUGAAGCUACGCGGCUUUAAUAAUAAAGUUUUUGUCGUGCGCAUUGUGAAGAAAGCAUGAGCGCCACGCCGCCGGACUUACUUUCAUCGGCGGCGUCCCGAGAAGUCUCAGUCGCUGUCGCAGUCGCCGCCACCUCUGCCAACGGAAGCAGCGGCAGAAGCGGUGCUGAUAAGGAGCGCUCGCGUUCAAAGGAUCGUGGAAGGGACAAGGACAAGGACAAGGAGCGGGAUAAAGAUAGGAAAAGAAGGGACAGGGACAGCAGAGACCGCGACAGUCGUCGCCGAGAUGAUCGCGACCGUGAUCGGGAUCGUGACCGUGACCGUGAUCGCGACCGUGAUAGGGAUUCCCGUUCGAAUAGGAGCAGAUCGCGCAACUACGACGACCAGGACAGAAGAAGGAAGCGUUCGCGCAGCAGAGACCGUGAUCGUGACCGCAAGCGGGACCGGGAUCAUGAUUCCCGCUCUAGGCGCAGCAGUUCGCGAGGUGGUCGCGAUGAUUACGACCGGAGUCGUAGACGUCGUUCACGCAGUCGCAGUUACGAACGCCGGCGAAGUGACCGAGGUAGCCAAAGGGACAGGGAUCAGACGUCGCAAAGAAGCAGCAGGGAACGCACACAUGUAAACCCCUUCGACACUUCCAACAGUCGAAACUCGUUGAACCAGGAUCACGAUCAGUCCAGGAUUCCCUCGCUCUUUGAUCGACAGCCGCAGGGCUUGGAAACCAUCCGCGAGGAGCCAAGGGAGUCGAGGUUUGAUUUAUCUCAGACCAUUCAGGAGCUAAUGGGCAGCGCGGGAGGCAGCAAAGGAUUCGCCUCGUUCUUCAACAAUCAGAACAGCAAUGACUCCACCAGCAAUGGAGCUUUUGACAACUCAAUGGACAGCGCUGCUGAGAGGAAAAGGAAGCGCAAAUCUCGCUGGGGCGGCAGUGAAAACGACAAGACCUUCAUACCGGGCAUGCCCACGAUUCUGCCCUCCACUCUGGACCCAGCCCAGCAGGAGGCCUAUCUAGUUCAAUUUCAAAUCGAGGAGAUCAGCCGCAAGCUGCGAACCGGCGACCUGGGCAUCACGCAAAAUCCGGAAGAAAGGUCACCCUCACCGGAGCCCAUUUACAGUUCUGAUGGCAAGCGGUUGAACACCCGUGAGUUCCGCUACAGAAAGCGACUUGAAGAACAGCGCCACCAUCUAAUAGUCAAGAUGCAAACGGUUAACCCCGAAUUUAAGCCACCGGCGGAUUACAAACCGCCAGUGACUCGAGUCAGCGACAAAGUGCUAAUUCCGCAGGAGCAGCAUCCGGAUAUCAACUUUGUGGGCCUGCUGAUCGGGCCGCGCGGCAACACGCUCAAGGCUAUGGAGAAGGAUACGGGCGCCAAAAUCAUAAUUCGCGGCAAGGGAUCGGUGAAGGAGGGCAAAGUGGGGCGCAAGGAUGGCCAACCGUUGCCGGGCGAGGACGAACCGCUCCACGCCUUCAUCACCGCCCCGAAUCCGGAGGCGGUGCGCAAGGCAGUGGACAAGAUAAAGGACGUCAUUCGGCAGGGUAUCGAAGUUCCCGAGGGUCACAACGAUCUCCGCAGGAUGCAGCUUAGAGAGCUGGCCCAAUUGAACGGAACCCUGCGCGAGAACGACAUUCAGCGCUGUACGUGUGGCUCCACGGACCACAAGUCCUGGCAGUGUCCGGAUAAGCCGAUCAUCACGAACACUAUUGUGUGCACCUCCUGUGGCGGCACAGGUCACUUGACCAAGGAUUGUCGCAACAAGCGCCCAGGAUCCGGAGCACCGGGAAUGGCUUGUGAGGAUUCCCAGGCGAAGAUCGAUGAGGAGUACAUGAGCUUGAUGGCGGAGUUGGGCGAAGGACCGCCGCCACCGGCAGCGUCUGCCAAGCCGGAUCCGCCGGCCAACAGUGGACCGCAGUUGCACCGGGCCAGCUAUAGCAUCUUCGACAAGAAGCCCACGCAGAUGCAGGCCAUCCAGUCGCCACCGAGCUCCUCGUCGCGAGAUCACCAGCGCGACCUGGGCGGAUGGGGAGCGGCGGCGCACGAUCACGGCAUGGGCAUGGAGCACGGUAUGGGACUGGAGCAGCACGGUCACGGCUUGGCGGCGAUGGAUCACGGCAUGAGCCUGGGCAUGGAGCACGCGAUGGCGGCCUAUGUACCGGCACCGCCGGGAACCCAAGCUGCGCCACCGAUGCCGCCGCCGCUGAUGCCGUGGAUGAGCGCGCCACAACCGCCGCCGCCGGCAACGGAGCCGAUGAAUCCACCCAUACCGGGCACCUUGCCACCGCUCAUCCCGCCGCCGCCUGGCACCGGUGCACCGCCCAUGCCGCCGUGGGGCGGAGGCGGUUACAGUGGCUGGGGCGGCGGCUAUGCGCCGCCUCCACCUCCGCCCUGCGCCCCGCCACCGCCAGCCUUGAGCCUGUCGCAGCCGCCGCCACCUCCACCGCCCUCCACUUGAGCUUUUAGAUUUCAAUUGGAUCGAUCCAGAUUUCGCUCAGAUGCUCCGACGAUAGUGCUCGACCGCAAGAGACUGUCCCCGCAAUCAAUUAUGUAACGUAAACGUAAUCGUAAUCCCCGCCCACAUUAUUCGCUUUCCCUAUUAUCUUUAAUCAGACAAACCUACAAAACUAAUUUGUAUUUUACGAUGCUUGAAAUAAAGGACGGAAAUAAAUACUAUAACUUAACUUA